AAAGACAUGUAGAAAUCACAAACAUACGCAUGUUUUUCAUCCUUUCAUUUCCACAAAAUAUUCUUAAUCAUGGAUUGUGUUGUUUGUGAACAUCAGUGAAGCUCGACUUCAGUUCAGAAUGAAGAUCCUCCUCAUCAUCACCUUCUACCUGAUGUCAGGUCCAGUGCACUGUGAUGAUGUGAUCGGUUACCCUGGAGGUCGUGUUAUCAUUAACUUCCAAAAUGCAGUCAAUCCCAGGUCGACUGUGUAUUUUUGCAAAAUGAAAACAGUAUGUGAAGAUUUAAUAACAGCUCGGGCUACAGUCAGCGUGCUUCAUAAGGACAGAUUUACUCUGUUUAACACUGAUGGAUUAAUUUCACUGAUCUUCAGAAGUCUGAGUUUACAGGAUACAGGACUGUAUGAGUAUGGAGAGAUUGGAGUGUGGAGUGAAAACAUUGACCUGAAAGUGAAAAGUGAUCCAUGCUGUAGUGAGAUAAAAUCAGUAACCGGAUAUCUGGGAGAGACUGUGAUGAUCAGCUGCUCCUUUCCAACAGAGUUUGAAACAAAUGUCAAGUCCUUUUUCAAAUUGGAUGAUUCCACUGGAACUGAAGUGAUCUUCACAAGUGCCAAAGAAGCGUAUCAGAACGGCAGAUUCUCCAUUUCUGAUGACGGGAGGAGUAGCGUUUUCAGUGUGAUCAUCAGUGAUGUGAGAGAAGAUGAUGGAGGAGUUUAUUCCUGUGCAGUUCAUAUUGAAGGGACUGCAGUCCAUUAUCACUCGCUCUUCACAGAAAUUCAGCUCCAAGUUACUGCUUCAGCCUCAGGGGGACCUCCGCCCUACCAAACCACUGAACCCCCCUUUGGAGAAGGAGGUUUAGCACAAGCUCCCGUACUCAUCAUCAUCAUCAGUGUGUGUGUGACUGUGCUACUGAUGGGAGGAUUUUUACUCGUCUGCCAGUUGAGAAGCAACAAGACACAAGAUUCUACAUUUGUAAGUCAGCAGACAGAAACAAAUACCAUGACUGCUGAUUAUGAAAAUGAUCCACCUCAGAGUCAGAACAGCAUAAUGCAUCUGGACUACCAAAACCUAAAUCCCAACACCAACCAAUCAGAUUCAGUCUAUCAGACCCUCGACCCCAACACCAACCAAUCAGAUUCAGUCUAUCAGACCCUAAACCCCAACACCAACCAAUCAGAUUCAGUCUACCAGACCCUAGACCCUAACACCAAGCAAUCAAAUUCAGUCUACCAGACCCUAAAUCCCACCAUCAGUCAGAUUCAAUCUACCAGAGUAUAGGCCCCAACACCAACUCAGCAUAUUCAAUCUACCAGUGCCUAACUUCCAAAACCAACAAAUAUAAUCAAGUUUAGUAGAGCCCAGACAACUGGACUCAGUUUAUUGCAACUGAAACUGAUUUCCAGUUCAUUAGAUUCAGUCCACUCUAAUUGUAGCCCUCUUUCUACAAAGCUUCAUAUGCUGAUAAUCUGAAUGAGAACUCAGUAAAAAUAAUUCACAUUCACUAAAACUUUUAGCAAUUAAGACAGAAAAUGGCAGCUACGUAAACCUUGGUAUCCUGUUACAAUCAAAAUCUGUGCACAUGUUCAGCACAGGUCCAGGGACGUGAAUUCAACUCGGUUGGCUCUGAAUUUUGUAUUCACCAGCCAUUCAGCCCAGAUACUAGCUGUCCAAAGAUAACUCAUUUUUAAAGCAUAUUUCUUGUGCAUUUAUUCACAUUUUUUUUUUUUUGAAACUGGGUAGUGAGUACACAGUCUGUAUAAUAUACUGUACUAAGACAUGAGAAGACAGGAAAUGAGUCAAGGCAAUAUAUCUGCUUUACUAAUGCAGUUUAUGGGAAAAUCUUGAAGUGGAUUUUUAUAUUUGACUCAUCGUUUCCUUAACCAAGAAUAGAUCAGUGUUAUGGUUUUCAGGCCCAUCACUGACGCACUUUCAUAGAACACGAAACCUAUUACAUAUUUUAUUGUAGAUUUCCUCCCACUGGUAAUUUACCAACUCCCCCACUAGCUAGCUCUUCCCCAUCACACAACAGCGACCAACUCUGAAUGGUGAAGGUGACCUUGUGCUUCCUCCAGGACAUGUGAAGCCACUGCACCUUUUCCAGCCCCUGCUCAUGCUCCAUCACAGAGCAGCUGAACAGCUCAUAUAUCCCUGAACACAAAGAUACACACAACUGGUCAGAGUCACCCUGUCAGAGAAGGGAGUAACACCAUCCCUCCCACUCACACAGCACAGCCAGUUCUGUUCUCCUGAAAGUCUGGCCACCGAUGGCUGUGGCAGCAACAUGAAUUAGAUAGGAGAUCGCUUGAUAACACAUUUUGUAACAAGUUUCCUGCUGAGCGAUAUUGUGCAUUUUAAUUGUGAAAUGUGUUUGGAUAUAAAGCCGACUACUCAUGUGUAGCAUCUGUA